AUGGUUAUAGAUAUUCUAUUUAUUAUUACAAUUUCAAUUACAAGUGCAUUGUUAUCAGAAGGUUUAUCAUGGCUUUUAGUAUAUAGAACAGAAUCAUAUCAAAGAAUGAAAGCAAGUGCUGAUAAAUUACAAGCACAAGUCGAUAAGAUUAAAGAAACAGAGUCAACUACUUCAACUAUUCAGCUAAAGAACAAAGCAAAGGAUAAAAAAUUAGAAAGAAUCGAAGAAUCAUUAAAAUUAACCAACAAAGAUCUAUCAUUCUCAAAGAUGAAAUCAAUGUUUGCCGUUGCAGUCUCAAUGAUUGCUUUAUUCACAUAUUUAAAUACUGUAUUUGAUGGUAAAAUCGUAUGUAAAUUACCAUUCGAACCGAUUGGAUUCAUUCAAAAUCUUAGUCACAGAAACAUUCCAGGUAAAGAUUAUACCGAUUGCUCAAUGACAUUCCUCUAUGUACUCUGCUCAAUGUUUAUUAGAACCAACAUUCAAACAAUAAUGGGAACCAAACAAGCUGCUUCAAAGCAAUCUAACCCAUUCGCAAUGCAACAAUAA